AUGCCUCUUGUCAAACCCCAAACGGAACAGAACGACGAUACCCGCGUCCUGGGUUACGAUCCUCUUCUCUCCCCUCACUACCUCCAGACUCAGAUUCCCUCUCCCGCCACAUCAGUCGAAACCGUCAAAUCUGGCCGAAACCAGGCCAUCGAAAUCAUCGAACAGCGCGAUGAUCGCCUCCUCGUUGUCGUCGGACCAUGCUCCAUCCACGACCCCGAAACCGCAAUCGAAUAUGCGCAUCGCCUCAAAGCGCUCUCCGAAAAACUCGCCGGCGACCUGUGCAUCAUCAUGCGCGCCUACCUCGAGAAACCGCGCACAACAGUUGGAUGGAAGGGUCUCGUCAACGACCCGGACAUUAACGAGUCCUUUAACAUCAACAAGGGUCUUCAAGUUUCGAGGAAGUUGUACGCAGACUUGACUAGUCUCGGAAUUCCGAUUGCUAGUGAAAUGCUCGAUACCAUCUCCCCGCAGUAUCUAGCCGAUCUAAUCUCCGUGGGCGCCAUCGGUGCCCGAACCACCGAGUCCCAACUGCAUCGCGAAUUGGCAUCCGGUCUCAGUUUCCCAAUCGGAUACAAGAACGGCACAGACGGUAACUUGGGUGUUGCCAUUGACGCUAUAGGCGCUGCGUCGCAUCCCCACCAUUUCCUGGGUGUCACCAAGGAAGGUCUUGCGGCGAUUACCAAGACAUCUGGCAAUGAGCACGGUUUCGUGAUCUUGCGUGGUGGCACCAGGGGGACGAACUACGACCGGGAGAGCAUCAAAGCCGGCCGCGAAGCACUACGGGCCCGCAAACAGCGCGAAAUCAUGAUGGUGGAUUGCUCGCACGGGAAUUCCAAGAAAAAUCAUCGCAAUCAACCUCUCGUCGCAAAGGAGGUUGCGGAUCAAUUGCGUGAAGGUGAGACUGCCAUUAUCGGUGUCAUGAUUGAAUCGAAUAUCAACGAGGGAAACCAAAAGGUCCCACCAGAGGGACCGUCUGGCCUUAAGAAAGGUGUCAGUAUUACUGAUGCCUGUAUUGAUUGGGAAUCGACCGUGGUUGUACUUGAGGAUUUGGCGGAGGCGGUUCGCGCGCGUCGGGCUGUUACCAAGAGUAAUGGAAGUGCUUAG